AUGACUCCAAUAAUCAGGCAUGGCUACAAGCAAUAUAUCACAGAAGACAACCUUUGGGAUCUGGCCAAGCAAGAUACCGCUAGGGCCGCCGUGUGCAAGGAGAAGCCGUCUUUGUGGGUUGCACUAUUUCGUAGGUUUGGAGCUGCCUAUGCUCAGGGAGCUCUCUUUAAAGCUAUUGCAGACGUGCUCGCAAUUCUGCAGCCUCAACUCCUGUGGUUUUUUAUAUUAUUUAUGGAUUCAUACCAAAGUUACCAGCCUCAACCUUUUACCUUCGGUGCUGCUAUCGCCUUGAGUAUGUUCGCUGUCUCGCGUCUGUCACAGACCGGAGUCAAGAAGUCGCUCAGGCUAUCAAAUGAGGCUCGCGGUACGAAAUCAACCGGCGACAUCGUCAAUCUUAUGGCUGUGGACAGUCAGCGCCUACAAGAUAUAACGCACAUAUUCACCGGCGUUGCAUUAAUAAUUGUCACGAUUCCUAUUAAUAGAAAUACAAGAUCGAAGCUUACUGCUGAAGUCAUCGCUAACAUAAAGUCUAUCAAGCUCUUCGCAUGGGGCUCUGCAUUCGCAAACCGAAUCGUAUCCAGUUUUAUUGGCUCGGUAACUCCUUUCUUGGUGGCCUAUUCGGCCUUUGCAGUGCGAGUUCUGGUUCAACGCCAACCACUGACGACCGAAAUCGUCUUCCCUGCUAUUGCCCUGUUUCAACUAUUGACUUCGCCUCUGAUGAUCCUGCCCGCUGCGAUCUCUUCUAUUACUGAAGCUAAUGUUGCUGUAAACCGUCUGGCGGCUUUUUUCACUACAGAUAAGCUCCAACCAGACGCAGUCAUUCGCGAAGAGGCUGUCACGGUAUCAGGCGAGGAAUCAAGCAUGCACGGAACCGGAACAGCAUUGCAAGAUAUCAACCUUUCCGCCCACAGGGGAGAAUUAUGCUGUCUCGUUGGCUGUGUCGGAGCCGGAAAAUCUUCUAUCCUCCACGCCCUCCUCGGAGAUCUAUACAAGGCCACUGGCACUGUCACUCUUCGAGGCUCGGUUGCCUACGUUGCGCAGCAGCCGUGGGUAUUAAACGCGAGCGUCAGAGAUAAUAUCACUUUUGGCAAGCUAUGGGACCCUGAUUUCUACGUAGAGACGGUAAAGGCUUGUGCCUUAAUAGAUGAUCUGGCCCAACUACCAAACGGAGAUCAAACUGAGGUUGGCGAUAAAGGCAUCACAUUAACCAGGGCUGUCUACGCCAGGGCAGAUAUCAAUCUCCUAGAUAAUUGUCUGUCAGCUGUGGAUCAGCACGUUGGGAGACACUUGAUAGAAGAGGUGUUCAGCCGACGGGGUCUUCUCAAGAACAGGACCAGAAUCCUAGCCACAAAUUCGACCCCAGUCUUAUUGGAGGCUAAUUCCAUCGUCCUGAUUCGCAAUAGAAAGAUCUCGGAGCAGGGCAUAUACAAUCAACUAAAAGCCAAAGGGGGAGACUUUGUUAGCCUUAUCGGACAUGCGAAUAACUCGAACCAAAUCGUGACAGAGUCGACUACUACGAGGCCCUCUUAUGCAGAAGAAGGCACUACCAAUAAUCAGCAGCAACUUGGUCACGACAAAACAUCCAAGGCCACGGGGAUGCUUACUCCAGGGCAAAGUUCAGCCGUCGACGGUAAUACUAGUAUUCCCGCAAACAUCGAUCCUAGGAGGAUAAUUCUAGAUGUUGAGGCAGCCAUCAGCAAGCCCAAAAGAUGCAAGGAACUCACUCAGCAGGGAAGUGUCAAGUGGAAGGUCUAUGGUGACUACGCCAAGGCAAGCAGUCUCUGGGCCGUGGCCUUGUACGCGGUUACGCUCGUAGGAGCUCAAGUCGCUGAGAUUGGUGGAAACGUCUGGCUGAAGCAGUGGUCUGAGGCUAAUGACGACCCUAACGCUGAUGCGGAUGUUAAGAAGUACCUCGGCAUUUAUGCUCUCUUCAGCCUCGCCGUCAUCUCCUCCAGAACGCCUGCGUUUAUCCUCUUGGCUAUCCCUCUUAUCUUCGUAUACAGUUACAUACAGCAAUACUACCUGGGAGCAAAGCGAGAGUUGAAAUGCCUAGAUGGAAGUAAAAGACGUUUAGAUGCAAACAUAAAGGUAUAUAUCCUAUCCAUUACUGCAAACCGGUGGUUGGGUAUGCAGUUGGAAUUUAUUGGAUCGAUUAUUAUUCUCUCCGCUGCCGGACUUACUCUUGCCUGCUUGUCCCUGGGUAGCUAUUUAUCUGCAGGUAUAGUUAGUUUGAUAAUAUCUUAUAUACUGCAAAUUACGCAGUCUCUUAAUUCUCUUAUUCGAGCUACUGGAGAGGUCGAGAUAAAUAUCGUCUCAGCUAAGCGUGUGCUAGAGUAUACCCAUCUACCUAGCGAGGCGCUGGAUGUCAUUCCAAAUCAUCGCCCCGGUAUUAGCUGGCCUUCUAGGGGUUCUGUGAGUUUUAUUGAUUAUAGUAUGCGUUAUCGACCUGAGCUGGGCUUGGUUCUGAGAAACCUUAACCUUAAUUUCAAGCUUGGUGAGAAUAUUAGUAUAGUAGGCUACACCGGUGCAGGUAAAAGCUCUCUGGCCCUGGCCGUUUUCAGGAUUAUUAAGCCACUGAAUGGAAGUAUUUAUAUUGACGAUAUUGACAUCUCGAAAAUCGAUCCUGCGCUAUUUAAAGGAACUGUUCGCGAGAAUCUCGAUCCCGGAGAGGAGCAUGAUAAUAUGGAGCUUUGGACUGCCCUUAGGCUUGCACGACUGAAAGAAUAUAAACAGCUUGUAUCUUUGGCCUAUACCAUGCUCAAACCCACGAGCAUUCUUGUGCUAGAUAAAGCGACCGCUGCUGUGGAUAUAGAAAUAGAUAUGCACCUCCAGGAAAUACUCCGUGAGAGCAUCUUCAGCAACCGGACUGUUAUUACAAUCGCGCAUCGGAUUAAUACAAUCAUCGACUCUGACCGUAUUGUGGUUCUUGAAAAGGGCGAGGCCGUUGAGUUCGACACUCCUGCGACACUGAUGCUACAGAAGGGAGCUUUCUAUCAACUUGUCAAGGAGGCCGGGCUUUUGGAGAGGCUAGGAUGA